GAAUCUGUAGACUGUAGACUGUAGGUGUAGGCCAACGUCCACCUGCAUCACCGAUCACGAGACUAUGAGUUUGCGCCACCUAAUACUGCCACUGCUAGGGCUGUUGGGCGCUGAGGGUGACGGUUGCGGUGUUGCAUCGAUCAAUGGACAUCUACCUUCCACUUUGUACCGUGGCCUCGCCUCUCUCCAUCAAAUCUGAACCCUCCAUGAUUGAUUUCUUCUUCCCUGGGUCCCUCUUCCACCUCCUCCGCGCCAAAUCUUUUCUGCCGUCACUUCACUUCCCUCUUGUUGCUCUCUCACUCGCUUCUACUCCAUCUUCGCUUCUUCUUCUCUGAUCGGAGUCACUUCGUUGAGGCAACACAUCGAACGCCUUGCGAUCACCUUCUGAUCUCUGUGAAUUGUGAUGGAGAGCUCAGUUAUCCGGUCCACGCUUCCCCUGUUCACACCUCGUCCGAGAAAAUCCCCCUAUUAUGGAGCUUCUCCUGAUUCCUUAGUCGUGUUCCCCAGAAUUUUGAAUGAAGCUGUCGCGAGGGUGUCUCUUGGCCAGGGGCGCAGCAGGCAUCAAAUGGGGAGCAUUAUGCGAGUAAGAGCGGCGGAUAAAGGCGAUGCCGACAGUGAAGAAUCGGAGAAUGCUUUGGAGAGUACGAUUGAAAAGAGCAAGAAGGUUUUAACCAUACAGAAAGACCUACUUCAACAGAUUGCUGAAAGAAAGAAAUUAGUGGCUUCAAUAAAAAGUAGCCUGCUUGACCCAGAUAGUAGUGUUAAAGGUGGGGAGGGCAGUUUUGCAAGUGCGGAUAUUGCUCCAACCCAUGAAGACACUGAUGCCGACUAUAAUGGAGUAUUAUCUUCAAGUGCUCAAGAAACUCUUGACUUGGAAGAAUAUCCACAAUUAGCUGCAAGCAAACAUUUUGUUGAAACUUCUCAAACAGGUAAAAAGGACAUGCCUCGUAACGGGGCAACCUUGGACAAAGAUUCAGACAAAAGAACUACAAAAAGAAAUCCAAAGACUGUGGGAUCUACUGAAAGGCCAAGUCAAGUGACUUCUUCAGCAGUAAAUUCUCAGGAGCCGGCAAAAGCUACCUCUGAAACUGUGAAGUCCAGUCAAGUGAUGCCACUGGACGUGGAUUCACAAAAGAAUGUGACAUCCUUUUCUAGGGAGGUUAUUUUGUCUGAUGUUCCUUCCUCCUCUUCAAUGGCAUCUGCAUCUACUUUAGAGGAUGAGAAAAGAGAUCUUAGAGAGUCAAGUUCAAAGGAGAUAGAUGUUGGGACUGAAGAUCCUGUAAAUGGAGACUUGAAGCCACCUCCAUUGGCGGGAACCAAUGUCAUGAAUGUUAUAUUAGUUUGUGCAGAGUGUGCUCCAUGGUCAAAAACAGGUGGGCUUGGUGAUGUUGCUGGAGCACUACCCAAGGCUUUGGCUCGGCGUGGACACAGAGUUAUGGUUGUGGUUCCUCUUUAUGGAAACUAUGCUGAACCUCAACAUACUGGAGUUCGAAGAAUGUAUAAGAUUGAUGGUCAGGAUAUGGAGGUGAAUUACUUCCAUGCCUACAUUGAUGGUGUGGAUUUUGUCUUCGUUGAUAGUCCUAUAUUACAGCAUAGAGAAAACAACAUAUAUGGAGGAAAUCGUGUGGACAUUUUGAAGCGCAUGGUCUUAUUUUGCAAAGCAGCUAUUGAGGUUCCGUGGUAUGUUCCGUGCGGUGGUAUUUGCUAUGGAGAUGGAAACUUAGUGUUCAUUGCAAAUGAUUGGCAUACUGCAUUACUGCCAGUCUAUCUGAAAGCAUAUUACCGUGACAAUGGAGUAAUGAAAUUCACUCGAUCCAUGCUUGUCAUUCAUAACAUAGCACACCAGGGUCGCGGGCCUAUGGAUGAUUUUUCCAUUGUGGACCUACCAGCUCAAUAUGCAGACCUUUUUAAGAUGUAUGAUCCAGUAGGAGGUGAUCAUUUCAACAUAUUUGCAGCAGGUCUAAAGACAGCUGACCGUGUAGUUACAGUGAGUCAUGGAUAUGCCUGGGAGCUUAGAACUUCUGAAGGUGGAUGGGGUUUGCAUGGGAUCAUUAAUGAGAAUGAGUGGAAACUGCAGGGGAUUGUCAAUGGGAUUGAUACUGAAGAGUGGAAUCCCCAAUUGGAUGUUUACUUGAAGUCUGAUGGCUAUGCUAACUAUUCCCUGGACACCUUGCAGACUGGUAAACCUCAGUGCAAGGCAGCAUUGCAAAAGGAAAUGAAUUUGCCUGUUCGCGAUGAUGUCCCAUUAAUUGGUUUCAUUGGGAGGCUUGACCACCAAAAAGGUGUUGAUUUGAUAGCCGAGGCAAUCCCUUGGAUGAUGGGUCAAGAUGUGCAGGUGGUUAUGCUGGGCACGGGCAGGCAUGACCUUGAACAGAUGCUCAGGCAGAUUGAAGGUCAAUACAGUGACAAAGUCAGAGGAUGGGUUGGUUUCUCAGUAAAGACUGCACACCGGAUAACUGCCGGUGCAGACAUUCUGCUGAUGCCAUCAAGAUUUGAGCCUUGUGGACUGAACCAGCUGUAUGCUAUGAGCUACGGGACAGUCCCAGUUGUCCAUGCUGUGGGUGGACUUAGAGAUACGGUGCAGCCUUUUGAUCCUUUCAAUGAAUCAGGGCAUGGAUGGACAUUCAGUAGGGCUGAGGCAAAUCAGCUGAUUGAUGCACUAGGGAAUUGCUUAUUAACAUACCGGCAGUACAAGCAGAGUUGGGAGGGGCUCCAGAGGCGUGGAAUGAUGCAAGACUUAAGCUGGGAUCACGCUGCCGAGAAGUACGAGGAAGUUCUUGUUGCUGCAAAGUAUCAGUGGUGAGGUUUACUACAAUCACUGCUGACAACAGGAUCAGAAAUCAUGCAUUCCGAACUAGCCCAUCGCCAUUCACUACUAUCUAUUUUCAGAUCUUGCCAAGAGAAAAGGAUGAAACAGAUUGCCAACUUAUUGUAUAGGCAGUAGGCUCCCUCAAAUGUUUGAAGUGAGAUCAAAUUUUAUGGUUGGUUUUAGUUUAUUUAAUAACCUUAGCUUAAUCUAUA